CGUAAGAGGAUAUCCGGUCCGGCUCUCAGUGUCCGAAACUGCUUCUGUCUGACCUGCCGGGGUCUUGGUAGCUUCUUACCGGGAGUCGUUGUCCACGAGUUGGAUCUGCUGCUGCGGCGGGCCGGCCUCACACCACUCCCUGCCCCUCUGGCCCCGGAGUGAGCCCGGCCUCCGCGCGAGGAAAGAGGGGGAAAAUGCCUAAAAAAAAGACUGGUGCGAGGAAGAAGGCAGAGAACCGCCGGGAACGUGAAAAACAACUAAGAGCAUCAAGAAGCACCAUAGAUUUAGCUAAACACCCGUGCAAUGCUUCAAUGGAAUGUGACAAGUGUCAGAGGCGGCAGAAGAAUAGAGCGUUUUGCUAUUUUUGUAAUUCUGUACAGAAGUUACCAAUUUGUGCACAGUGUGGGAAGACAAAGUGCAUGAUGAAGUCUUCAGAUUGUGUCAUAAAGCAUGCUGGUGUAUACAGUACUGGCCUUGCAAUGGUGGGCGCAAUAUGUGACUUCUGUGAAGCUUGGGUUUGUCAUGGUAGGAAGUGUCUCAGUACACACGCCUGUGCCUGCCCUCUCACUGACGCUGAGUGUGUGGAAUGUGAACGAGGUGUCUGGGACCAUGGAGGCAGAAUAUUCAGUUGUUCUUUUUGCCAUAACUUUCUCUGUGAAGAUGAUCAAUUUGAACAUCAAGCCAGCUGCCAGGUUUUAGAGGCGGAAACAUUUAAAUGUGUUUCAUGCAAUCGGCUUGGUCAGCAUUCUUGUCUCCGUUGUAAGGCUUGUUUCUGUGAUGAUCAUACAAGGAGCAAGGUGUUUAAGCAAGAAAAAGGAAAACAGCCUCCCUGCCCCAAAUGUGGACACGAAACUCAGGAGACUAAGGAUCUUAGCAUGUCAACACGCUCCCUGAAAUUUGGCCGGCAGACUGGAGGUGAAGAGGGAGAUGGAGCUUCUGGGUAUGAUGCCUAUUGGAAGAACCUUUCAUCUGAGAAGUAUGGUGAUACCAGCUACCAUGAGGAGGAAGAGGAUGAGUAUGAAGCAGAGGAUGAUGAAGAGGAAGAAGAUGAAGGUGGAAAGGAUUCAGAUGCUGAGUCAUCAGAUUUGUUUACUAAUUUGAAUUUAGGAAGGACGUAUGCCAGUGGCUAUGCUCACUAUGAGGAACAAGAGAACUAGGAGAGCUGCUUGCCCAUUGGUGACAAGGAAUAUGUGUGCUUGAUUAAUUGGAGCAGGAAUAUGUGUGCUUGAUGAAUUGUGUGUGGAUGUUCAAAAGUACUGUCACUUAGCCUUGUGCAAAAGACUCAUCACACUGGGGCAAGGAGUAGGGCAUAGCAUUUUUAUAGGAACUGAUAAUCAGGCUUAUAGCAUAAGAAAAAUGAGUUUCAAAUGUAAGAUGUUUAUUUAUCCAAGCAAUUGAAGCAUCAUGGAUUGAAUUUUUACUGAUUUCAGUAAUACUAGUGGGUUUUCCCAAUUAGAUACAUAUACAGGAUAAAGGAAUAGGAAGGUAAUAUAUUUGUUUGAAUUAAAUUGCUGUUUUUAUUAAAAAACAAUGCUUAUAAAUUCAUUGUCUCUGAUUUUGUACAAUGUAAUGGGUAAAAUGAAUUAUUGUAUUUUUCCUUGUAUGUCCACAGAAUAAAAGUCAGAUGGUAUAUGUUAAAUUUUCAUUAAAUAUUCAUGUUACUUAAGUAGUCAUGAUAUAUAUGUUUUAGCAAUUGACUCAUUCAUUUCUUUCUUCACAAUGUAUGUCCUGAACAGUAUGUAUAAUUAAUGCCUAAAUGUAUAGACAAAGGUGACUACAUAGCCAAUUGUCAGAGACACAGAAUCAGAAACAGUAUUAUUACACAGAUGCUUUACCCAGGAAAUUUCACUUCUCUUUGAAUAAAUCUAGUAUUUCACUUA